AUGGCAGGCCUUAGCCACGCCCAUGGCAACCCAUGGCCACGCCCAUGGCAGGCCUUAGCCACACCCAUGGCAACCCUUGGCAGCCCUCGGCCACACCCAUGGCAACCCUCGGCCACACCCAUGGCAGCCCUCGGCCACACCCAUGGCAGCCCUCGGCCACACCCAUGGCAGCCCUCGGCCACACCCAUGGCAACCCUCGGCCACAUUCAUGGCAGCCCUCGGCCACACCCAUGGCAGCCCUCGGCCACACCCAUGGCAACCCUCGGCCACAUUCAUGGCAGCCCUCGGCCACACCCAUGGCAGCCCUCGGCCACACCCAUGGCAGCCCUCGGCCACACCCAUGGCAGCCCUCGGCCACACCGCCAGCCCUCGGCCACACCCAUGGCAGCCUUCGGCCACACCCAUGGCAGCCCUCGGCCACACCCAUGGCAGCCCUCGGCCACACCGCCAGCCCUCGGCCACACCGCCAGCCUUCGGCCACACCGCCAGCCUUCGGCCACACUCAUGGCAGCCCUCGGCCACACCCAUGGCAGCCCUCGGCCACACCGGCAGCCCUCGGCCACACCCAUGGCAACCCUCGGCCACACCCAUGGCAACCCUCGGCCACACCCAUGGCAACCCUCGGUCACACCCAUGGCAACCCUCGGCCACACCCCUGACAGCCCUCGGCCACACCCAUGGCAGCCCUCGGCCACACCGCCCGCCCUCGGCCACACCCAUGCCAGCCCUCGGCCACACUGCCAGCCCUCGGCCACACUGCCAGCCCUCGGCCACACUGCCAGCCCUCGGCCACACCCCUGA